UAAAUGUUUACUGAUAGCUUUUAUAAAAUCUGCCUAAGAUAAGAACGCUGUCUCAGUCAGGCCACUUUGCAGUCUCCUUACAGGGCAGUACCGAACCAAGCUCCACCAUGUUCAAGUUGUUCCUCCUGGUCAUUGGAUUCACACUGUGCAUGUGUGCUUUUCCGCAUGACAGAAUUGCCAAGAUUUUCAACGACUUUGACUACAAUAAAAACGAUAACAUCAACCAGAAUGAGGUCCUUGCAUUUUACCAUAACCUGAAACAGAACCCAGCCGACACUUUGAUAACUAAGGCGACAUUUGUAAGGAACUGGUCCAGUCGGUAUGGCGACACCACAGUGGUAAGCACCAAAAUGUUUGAGAACAUGGACAUGAAUAUGGACGGCCUCCUCACAGAUGCUGACGUUCCCAUUUUCUACUCCAAGUUCGACAAAAACCGAAACGGCAUUGAAUGGGCGGAAUUCGAAACAGUUUUUAAUUCUUGGUAUUCAACGUAAGGAGUGAAAGUUUCCGUCUGUGCAAAACCACAACAACACCAAUAGUCGUUGAAUGCAGCCCCCAUCGGUAUUGAAAAAUAAAGUCAUGAGCUAAGUUUGUCAAAAAAA